AUGAAGAAUGGAGAAAGGCAAUUACUAGGACCAGAACUGGGCCAAGUGACUACAGAACAAAUUGAGAUGAUUAGAGACCGGCUGAAGAAAGCACAAAGUCGUAAGAAGAGUUACUAUGAUGAAAAGCACAAACCCCUUGAGUUUUCUGAAGGGGAUCGUGUAUUUAUUAGAUUGUCACCAACCACAGGUGUUGGGCGUGCUUUGGGAGUUAGAAAGUUGAGUCCACGGUUCAUCAGGCCCUACCAGAUAAUAAAAAAGGUUGGACCAGUGGCGUAUCAGCUUGCUUUACCUCCCAACUUGGCGAAUUUACAUGAUGUGCUCCAUGUGAGUAAGCUCCGUAGAUACAUAUCUGAUGAUUCACAUAUUGUUCAGCUUGAUGAUGUAGGGGUUAAGAAGGACCUGAAGUUCGUUGUGGGACCUUUUAAGGUUGUAGCUCGAGAUGAGAAGCGACUUAGAAAUAGAGUCAUUCCCAUAGUCAAGAUCAAUUGGGAAGGAUUGACACCAGAGGACGCCACAUGGGAGCGGGAGGAUGAUAUUCUCCGGCGAUAUCCUGAUUUUUAUAUCAGGUAUGUUCUUUGUGGAAAGACAGCAUACUUGCUUGAGAAAGAUGGAAGCUUGAAGCAUUGGUGCUCAUUUGAAGAUGUAAGCUUGAAACUUUGA